CUGCCAUACAAAGUUUAGCAACCAUUCAUUUCAUACAUAUUUCAGAUUAGUUUAAUCUAUGGUUAAAAAACAUCAGUCAUUAUUGUUAAGUACCUAAUAUCAUCUGUAGCGAUCCAUUGCUGUCAAAAAUGCGAUAUGAAUAAACUCGGGUUUGUUCUACAUUUUAUUGAAAUGUGUGAUAUUUCUGUUGGUCGAGAAUGUUGAGAUAUUAUGGGCCUUUUAUGUCACACUUGUGUGUCGGCGCACUAUUUACGUACGCUUAGUGCUGCGACAGUGCUUGUAGAAUGAUAACAAGUAACCUUUAACAUCCUUACAUGUGUUAUAACAAUGGGUAAUCAAAAUAGUUGCUGUUGUUACCGGAGCCCAUCGCCGAUCAGGAAGGACAUCGUUAAGCUCGAGGACUACUUGCCCGAGGGAGAGGUCAGCUCCAAUAACAUCCAACACAUUAGCGAGAGGGAGCCGGAUGAUGGUGAUAUUGAUCCUUCUCAGGACCCUGUGGCUGGCACCAUUUUCAUGGAACGAUCUAAGGCAUCAAUAGAAAAUGGCAUGACCAGAAAACGGAGUCAACAUCAAAUUGCCGAAAACAAGCUCAAGAAAAGCAGUUCCUGUUCAACAAUCUAUUUAGAUGAUAGUACUGUGUCACAGCCAAACUUAAAGAAUACGGUGAAGUGUGUCGCUCUGGCCAUCUAUUAUCACAUAAAGAAUAGAACUUCAGAACGCAGAUUAGAUAUUUUUGAUGAGAAACUACAUCCAUUAAGUAAGGAAGGUGUAAGUGAUGAUUAUGACAAGUAUAAUCCUGAGCAUAAACAAAUCUACAAGUUUGUUAGAACCCUGUUUAAUGCAGCUCAGUUGACUGCAGAAUGUGCAAUAAUCACUCUGGUAUACUUAGAGCGUCUGCUGAUAUAUGCUGAACUAGAUAUAGCUCCCUCAAACUGGAAAAGAAUAGUGUUAGGAGCCAUACUACUAGCAAGCAAAGUGUGGGAUGAUCAGGCAGUCUGGAAUGUUGAUUACUGUCAAAUAUUAAAGGAUAUUACUGUUGAAGACAUGAAUGAAUUAGAGAGACAGUUCUUAGAAAUGUUACAAUUCAAUAUCAAUGUACCGUCAAGUGUGUAUGCUAAAUAUUAUUUUGAUCUGCGCACAUUGGCUGAGGCCAAUGACCUGGCAUUCCCUAGUGAGCCGCUAAGCAAAGAAAGAGCCCAAAAGCUAGAAGCAAUGUCAAGAGUCAUGGAGGACAAAAUAACUGCAGAAAUUGUCAAAAAUGGUAUUAAGAAGUGGUCUAGUUUGGACAAUGUCAAUUCAGGUGCUGGGGUGAGACGAAGCGUAGCCAUAUUGUCAUAAUAUGUCUGAACCAAAAUUGAAAUCACAAACUGAUCACCAUUUGUGUAUUUUGUAAUAAUGUAAUUGUAUUUAGUCUUGCACCCUAUUAAGAAUGUUUAUUUUAUAAUUUGUGACAUUAUUGCUUUAAUAUCUUACAAUGAUAACAUCAACUGCCAGCUGUUGCCUUGAGAAUUGGAAAGGAUCCAGCAACUGAUAUGGUACACAGUGGAUACCAUGCAGACACCUAAUAUAGUAUAUUUAUACCAAGUCAUAACUUGUAUAAGUAACUUAUUGUUAUUUUUAAAUGCACAAUAAUUGCUUUUUUGGUAACAAUGAUUUGAGUAAAAUAUUUUGCUUAUUUGAGUAUUAUCUCAUUAAGACAUUUGGAUGUUCAGACUAAUGUUACAUUUCAGUUCCAACAUAAUGCCUUUAUUAUAAUGUUAUAUUGUUUUGCAUUUCACAUAAUUUACAUGCAGUAGAAGAAGAAAAGUCAAUUUCAUAUAUACUUAUACCCUCAUUAUAAUAAUCACAUUUUGUACAAACAAUAAAAUUAUAAUUCUUCCUACUAAUAGUAAAUAAUGAGUCUGAUAAUUUUAACUAAAAUGUAACAUUGAUGAGUAUCCUUUUAUGAUAAUGUGUAUACAAUAACUUCAUCAGGUUUAUACAAUAUACAUUUAGAUAUCAUUGUUUAAGUUCUAAUAUCUUGUGACUAAUAUGUAGCUUUGUCAACAUAUAUUCAUUGUUAUGUACAUAAUCAUAUAAUGUUAUUUAUCACAAAUUGGUCUCAGCAUUCGGGUUCGACUGGAAAACACAAUACCACAUUAUGAUACAGAAACUUGUAUAUGGUGUGGUAGCAGAAGCAAUAUGCAAUUUGCUACUUUUGAAACAUUUUUAUUAUUUUAUAAUUAGUAGACACUGAAAGACUUCUAUGUGGUCCAAUAAUUCAUUUUUGUAAUAUACUCACUAAUUUGAUAAUACACAUUGCUUUCUGUAUUCUGUACUGUAUUGGCUUCCAAUUUUAUGUUUAGUUAACUCAUAAGAGCACUAAUAUUAAGUUGCUUCCAGAACUAUGCUAUUUGGUAGUUAUUAGAAUAAUUAGAAUGUGAAAAUGCAUUUUGACUGAAAUAAUAAUGAUCUUGUGAUUGUGGUAUGAAUGUAUUAGUCAAAGAUUUUUUUUUUAUAAUUUUUACAUUGUCAUAUUGCAUUUAAAAUUCUGAGCUAGUUAUAAAUUAUGCCAAAUUGUUAUUUAUAUAUUGAAUUAUAUUUAAAUAUGAUUUACCGAUGAAUGUAAUAUUUAACAGUUAUGACAAACUCACUUUGAAUCACUAUAAGACAGUUUCAUUUGUUUUAAUUCAUAUAUUAUUAUGCAAUUGAUUUCAAUAUUUCACAACAAUAUUGUUGUGAAUUGUGAUUCAAUUAUACAAUCCGUAUUCUAUGUAUCUUUUAUGUAAUUAAGUGAAAAUAAACAUUUUAUAUGAGACUUUUAAA